GCAUUUUGUUUUGCCAGAUGAGUGGAUUCGGUCUGAAGAUUGUGGUCUUUCUGCUGGCCCAAGCGGUGUUCCUUGGCUCGGUGUGGAAUCAGCUGAAACUGGAGCAAACGGAAGAGCUGCUAAUAGAAAAUUUAAAGCAUUAUGUCAAUGAGCUAAGGAAGAGACAUCAAAUGAUUGAACAAUCCCUUCAUCAAUUGCGGGCGGAGAGCGUCAGCGAGCAUCAUGACUUUGAGGUGCAUUUGUCGGUUCCACAACGGGCCAUGGCACUAAUACGGCGUCUCCAUGAAGAUUGGCCCAAGUGGAUGGAGUAUCUCAAGGCCACAGAAGGAGGAACAGUCCAAAUUAGAAUGGCAAAAGAACUGCGUCAAAGAUUGCCCAAAAGAGAAGAUUUCAUCCAAACAGCUAAAGAUGUUCAUAAGCUGCAAAUUAUUUACAAUUUAAAACCCCAAGACCAAUAUUUCCGGACAUUAAAUUCAAGGGACUGCCUGGCACUGGGAAAAUAUCUGGCACAUCUGAAGAAUCAUCAAUAUGCAGAGGACUGGCUGAAGUUAUCCCUGAAGCUUUACACAGCUUCUGGCGAAUCGAAAAAGUACAGAUCUAUUUACAAGGACUCGCAGCACGAGCAUCUGUUGUAUCAUCUAGGAGCAGCAAAGUACGCUCAAAACCCAGCAGAUGGAGAUGCCUUCAAUUUGAUAGCCAGGGCGUAUGACCUGGCACCACACGAUUCACAAAUUGUAGACCCCGCAAAGUCUGUGCUGGAACGACGAACUUAUUUCGAUGGAUGUCGUGGUGCAUUUUCGAUAAGGUUCCAUCACCCGAGUCUCCACUGUCGGUACCGCAACGAGGGGUCUGCCUUCUCGAGGCUGGCACCAUUGAAACUGGAAAUAUUAAGCCACGAUCCCUAUGUAGUGAUAUAUCAUGAUGUUCUAUACGACUCGGAAAUGCAGGGUCUGAUCGUUUCGACACGCCGCAGAAUGAGCCGCUCCAUGGUGCAGUACGAAGUCCGUCAGAUCGAAAUAUCAGAUAAGCGCACCUCUAAUGAAGCUCCCUUCACGGACAAGAAUGAUCCACAGCUAUUGCAACGCAUCCACGAUCGUGUUAAGGAUAUGACUGGCUCUGAUAUAGUGAGGUCAGAGCUCCUUAACGUGGUACUCUACGAUCUGGGCGGGCAUCAUGAUCUCCAUUUGGAUUAUCAUGAUUUGUAUUGGCAUCCGAAUGAGUACGAGUAUCAUAUAUUUGGAGAUCGAGAAUCCUCCGUAAUAUUCUAUCUAAACAAUGUGGCAGAUGGCGGGGCAACAGUUUUCCCCAAACUACAAUUGGUAAUACAGCCAAAAAAAGGAUCUGCUUUGAUGUGGCAUAAUUUAAGAGCAUGGGGCGAGGGCGAUCCUCGUACGCAGCAUGCCGCUUGUCCAGUUCUGCAGGGCUACAAAUGGGUUGCCGUUCAGUGGAUACUACAGGGUGCUUGGAACUCUAUAGCCCCCAAAGAUGCUCUGAGUAAACGAUCCGCUGCAGUUGACCGUGACGAACUGUUUUGAAACACUAUAAAUGUUCCAUAUAAUGAACUGAAGAAUAUUCCUCAUUCGAACUAAAGAAGAUCCCUCACUCUAGGCUGGAUUACGUUCGUAAAAUGUGUGCUUUAAGUUUAUCCAUCAUUAUAUCCACAAGCCUG